AUGCCAUUCUGCUCGCGCUGUGGUGAUAUCUGCAAGAAGGACGAGAGAUGUAAAAAGUGCGGCGGUGUAGCAGUCGGCGGACAAGUGAAAUGGCCAUCCCAGACCAAGAGAUCUGAUAGCUGGAUAAGGACUUAUGUUGAACCACCAAAGUCCACGAGCGGCAGCAUCAGCAACAGCAACAGCAACAGCAACAGGAAUAACAACAACACAAACAGGCGUAACAGACCAGAAGUGUUUGAUAGUAAUCAGCAGCCACAGGUUGAAUAUCAAUUACCUGAUUCUUGUCCAGCCUCUCCACUCCUCGAAACUGCCGAUGGUACACUCACCAAACUCGUUGGCAGCGUCCUCUCACCCGAGUCUCCAACCACUCACCCCGUAUGUAUGUCAUGCUCUACCCCGUUUCCACCCAAUUCCACUCUCUACAUCCACCCACACGACGAUAUUGGCAGUACAGAGAGCAGAGCAUUCUGCUACCACUGCUACGUCGCCAAUUUCAGCAAAGGCGACUGUGUUGUCUGUCGCAAAGCUGUCAUUGGUGAACUCAAAGUGGAAGGUGUGUACAUCAACACAAAGUGCGGUUUAUUCCACUCAAACUGCUUCAAUUGCGAUGGUUGCGGGGUUAGUUUGAAGAAUGAUCCUAUCACCGAUCUUGAUGGCUGGCCUUGUUGCAUCGAUUGUUUCGAGGGUAGUGCAUACAGAGCGCAGAUCAGACGCAGCAAGAGUGGUCGCAGACAGAGUCGCAAUGUCGCCCAAAAGCCGUCGAUGGAUAGUGCCAUGCGCGAUUUGAACCACAGACUAGGUCUUGCGAGCGCACCUAACAACGCAAAUGAAAAUAUCAACUCAGACAGCAACGUGAAGACAUCGCCCAGACGUUCUGGUCGCGUCUCGAUGCUUGGCGAGCAGCUGAGUGGCGUUGAACUCACCGAAGCGUCAAACAUCUCUCCGAAGCAGCGAGAAAGUCUGGCGAAUCUGGCUGAUAUUGCGCGCGACCGCAGUAUCGAAUUCGACGAGAAAAAGCAAACGGAGAGGGAGAAAAAUUAUGUCAAAGACCACGACAAGAAGGAAAGACGCGUGUCGGCUAGAGAUUUGGUCGGUGCAAGGGGUUUCGAGGGCGUCGAGAAGUACGCUUCUCCUCCUAACUCACCACCAAAUCGAGCUUCACGGCGCAGCUCAAAGUACUCUCUCGACUCAAAUGUCUUCCCCAGACCGAGCAAUGUGCGCAGUCGAUCGCAGAGCAUAACCAGUUUCCACGACGAGCUGAGUGGAAGGCGAGAUGUGCAUCAAGAUAAGGAGAAUACGGAGGAGUGCGCCGAGUGCAAACGUCCGAUCAGCGCAAUGCACACAAACUCAAACAAACAGAUGCAAACACAAACACAUAUAGUCAGUGUACCGGGCGAAGGGACAUACCAUGCAGACUGUCUGCUUUGUGCGCAGUGCGGCAAGACGCUUGCCGGGGAAGGGACGGAGGGGAAGUUAUCAGUUGUGAAGCUUACAAAUGGCAGACUUGGGCAUAAGGAGUGUGCACCUGCGCAAGUAACAUGGACGCUCGGUAGCGUUGGCAGUAGCAGCACCCAAGUCAAACCCCGGGAGAACACCACACCUCAGACCUCACCCCAGCGCAAAGAAUACUCGCCCGGACUGCGCAAUGCCUACACCACCAACACCAACACCAACACACCGCCCAAAUUGGGCAAGGCGGUGCAUGCAACACUGACACCAUCCCCCAGCACGCUCAAUGCGCGACGCGGGAGUGGCGACAGUGUAGGUGUGAAUCAACCCAAAGGCUCAGGUGGUGAGACAUCCCACAAAACACUCAACACACCCUCUCCUCCUAAAAAAAGCCUCUGGGCUACACGCUCAUCACCCUUCUCUCGUUCACAUUUUGGCGGCAUGUCGAGCUGUCCGUCGUGCGGAGAGAAAUUGACACUGUUCGAAUGCACUCCCGGACCGGCAGGUACAAAGUACCAUUCCAAGUGUCUGCGCUGUCGUGGCUGCGCUAAAGACCUCGAUAGCUUCGCUAAAGUUGACUUUGACGGUUGGGUUUGGUGCAGAGGCUGUUUUGACACUUAUGUACCCAAGCCACGCCCGCUGUCGUACCACUAUCAGAGUGGUGGUGUUGAUGGAAGGGUGUAG